AUGGCGCUAGCUGUCGUCGAUUCUCAGCCUCCCGGGUUGUGCCCGGCGCAGCAGCUAUCCUGCGCUCCACCAGCGGAGACCCUGUGCUUGCGGGAGAGCGGAGAGGAGGAGGCUAAGGAGAAUUGGCAAUAUCAGAAUCUGCUUUCUGUGGCUUCCUCUCAGCUCCAGCGCUUGGAGCAGCAUGGUGCCCUCCGGAAAUGCCCUGGCUAUGACCUCUCGGAUCCUUGGCUGGUCGCAGGCUCAGAAGCGGAUGGGGCAAAGUCGGGCAAGGCCCGCGAGUUUGCACGACUCACGGUUCCAGGCAUGCCCUGCAAGCUUGUGGGCGAGGCAGGCCGGAUCGUAGCUUACCUGGGCCCUGCAAAGGCAGUCGCCGGCAGCCCUUCCGGGCCCCCUGCUUCCCAAGCAUGUCAGGUGCGGCUGCCAGAGGGGACCGUGAGCACUUACCCGCGCAGCAAACUCUUGCCGCUUCCCACUCGGCCAGCUUGUCAGGGCGAUUGGGCUUUAGCAGUGGAUUUGAAAGGGGCGCUGGAGCACCUCAAUGGCUUUAGAUGCGUCUGCGGAAUCGGAGUACGGACUGUGAGUAGCGGUCCAGGCUUCUGGGUGAUGUUUGAACCCAAAGAAUCGGGCAUCAGACCAGAGCUGGAAUUGCUUCCGAAAGUGAACUUGGUGGCCCUUGCAGGCCCGCCUCCCGGCUCUUGCCAAACUCCUUGGGAGGCCCGCCUGGCAAGCAUUGCUCCUCAGGCCUUCGCGCAGCUUGCGCAGGAAGACCUGGAAGAUGAGGCCGCUGCAGAAGCCAGGCGUGCAACACGCCUCCAGGCCCUCUGCGAUGGCGAUGAAGAAGACGAUGAUGAGAGCAUGGACAUUGAUGACAGCGAUCAAGAAGAGGAAGAGGAAGAGACACUCACUGUGGAAGCUGGCUCUGUGGUGCAGCUCACGGCCAGCGGCUGCCUGGGUAUUGUUCAGACAGUCAACGACUCCUCUGUGGAAGUGCGACUUUGCCAGGGCCGCGGUAGCAAGGUCGAGACACAUGCGGUGGCAUCGCUCAAGGCAAUUUCGGAAGAUCAGGCGGUUGCGCAGGCCGUUUGCACAGAAUGUGGGUCAGCAUCGCCAGAGUCGCAGUUAUUGAUUUGUGAGAACUUUGCCAAAACCUGCUCUUCGACGACACAUAUCCGCUGCCUCAACCCUCCGCUGAAGAAGGUGCCUGAGGGUGACUGGUACUGCCACCUUUGCCAGCCGAAAGGCUCAGGUUCGGUGUCGGGCAAGAGCUCUGCUACAAAGGCCGCGCCUGCGCCGAAAGCCAAGGUCACAGCCAAGUCGGCACCAAAGGCAAAGGCCACGGCCAAGGCAAAGGCCAAAGUCCUUUCAAAGGCCAACAGCAGUAAGUCUAAGCGUGGGUAG